UCCACUCUCUCUUUCUCCCCAGACUCCCCCAGACUCACAGCAUGGAUCCUUUCUCCAACUUUACUUCGGUGUUUUUGUGCUAGUUUUGUGUCGCAUUGGGAUUAACGGCCUUCGUCUGAAUUCCCGUAACUCUUCUAGACACCAUGUUUACCACCACCGGCUCUCGGGGCCUCUACAAGGCUCCUCUGUCUAAAGGCCUCCUGCUGGUUCUCAAUGGGAUGACUGUGAUGCUCGCCCUGCUGCCACAGUACCAAGAGCUGUUCACAUACAACCUACAUGCUGUCACACAAGAGCGCCAGGUGUGGAGGUUUUUGUGCGGCAGGCUGGUCUGUCUGGAUGUGAAGGAUGCCUUCUGUAGCAGCCUGCUCAUUUAUAACUUCCGAAUAUUUGAGAGGAGGUUUGGCACCAGGAAAUUUGCUUCCUUCCUGUUGGGCACUUGGUGUCUCUCUGCUCUGAUGGACUUCUUGCUGGCCCAAGCAUUUGAGUUUCUAUUUGACUAUGAGGUGGAGGAACUGCCUGCAGGAUUGCUCGCUCCAGUCUUCUCUGUUUUUGUGCCUUUCUACCUGUUGAUCCCCAGGAUGCCGGUCACCCAGGUCCUGGGCCACGUCCAGAUCACCAACAAGUCUCUUGUCUACAUAGUAGGCUUGCAGCUGUUGACUUCCGGACCCUUCAUGUGGCUCCUAGCACUCAGUGGAAUCAUCUCAGGCGGGCUGUACCACUCCAAUGUUCUCUGGUUCCAGAAGCUCCUCUUUGUACCCUCCUGGGUGUCUUGUAUUGGACGGUAUAUUCUGGAGCCAGUCUUCUCAAGCUCCCAACCAAGCAACGAGACGCCCCUGGGAAUGGGUGCCACUCUGGACAUCCAGAGGCAGCAAAGGAUGGACCUGCUCGACCAACAGCUGCUGCUGGCCCAGUACAACGAGGCCAGGCGGAACACCAGACAACAGCCACAGUCUGGGUUGUUACAGUGGACCAGGUUGUUCCCCUCCCUGAGACACAGAGGACAGAACCGACCCCCAAUGCAGCCCCAACCACAGGCUCAGACACAACCAUCCACACAGCCACCCCUAUUGAACAACUCUCCUGUCGCAGAGGAGCAGGUCGCAAUGUUGGUGGAAAUGGGCUUUUCUAGGAUUGAUGCCCUCGAGGCCCUCAGAGCUUCAAAUAACGAUAUCAACAUGGCAACCAACUUCCUCUUGCAACACUGAGAGAUUUCAGAGAGAAAAACAGAGGUGAAUGAGGACAGAGAGAAAACAGGAAGGAAAGCAACCAAAGCAGAGGAGCAAAGAGAACAUUUUGGAAAGAAUGAAUGUGACAGUGAAUGGUGGAGACAAACGAUAUUUGUACAGAUAAUCUGGAGGCUGUGUCACUGCUCCCUAGGGCAGUGUUGGGCUGACUUAACCUCAACUGAGCCCAAUAUCAGGCUGAUUAAUGAAGAAGUGUGAAGCACAAAGUGAAAGACAUUUGCGUCAUAGCUUUCUGAUGGUCGUCUUCGUGUGAAACGGGCGUCAUUGCUCAAGGCACAUGAGUUAGACAUCUAACUCCAUGGGGUUCUCUUUGAAAAAUAUACAGAAACCAAACAGGUCAGAGAUUUCCUCACAGUAAAUCUGAGUCUUCGGUACAGUGGAGGAAACGCAAAGUGGAGUAUUUCUUCAAAACAGAACUGAUGCUGAAGGACACAAAUCAGUUGAGAUCCCAGCACCCUCCACAUGGAUACCAUUUUAUAGCUAUGUGAAGUAGUCUUAAUUACCCACUGUCAUCUACUGCCACUCUACUUUCAAAAUUGCUACACAGCAUCUUCGACCCCGAUAACUGGUGAAAGAUGAUAAAUAUGGUUAUGGACAUGGUUAACAGAUAAAGAAAAGGGCACACAAGUUGUUUAAGACAAUGGAUCAGAUCAUCAAAAAAAAGUUACAAUAGGAGUGACAACAGGAAUGCUGCACCUGCUAGAUGGUUAUAUUUAACUCCACGAGGAGGUGCAGAGGUCAUAAUUACACAUUCAGAAUUCCUGAUUAAAGAAUCCACGAACAACCUAACCUUGUUUACCAUGAUUCUAUUACACAGUUGUUAUUUCUUUAUGUUGGCACUGUUUAAUGGAAACUGCAGGGCUCAGCCCUUUCCUGCUUGAGAUGUUUUAACAAAGCAGUUAGCCUGACUGUCAGGUACUGUUGGAGCCAAAUUUCUUUCGGAGCUGAAUAAUUUGACCCAUUUUAAACUCUACAACUACAUUGUUGGUGACAGACGGGGCUCUUUGGCAGGAAACAGGUCAGAUGGGCUAUCUCUGGGUCUGUGAGGCGACUUCUGUUAAUGACAAACACAUUUACAGACGUGACGCACACUGGUGCACUGCACAGUAGACAUUCGAGGAGGUCAUAUGUGAAGUUUCAUGUCCUCAAAUGCAUAUGCACUCACUCCUCAAGGUUUUAUUUAUUCUACCUUAACAGACUGAGAGUGUUCUCUGCCAGCACAUGUGUCUGAAUCAUAGCAAGUCUUAAAAGACUGGUGAUAUUUAUUAUGCAAAAUCAUGAGGAGAAAUUUAUGGAGACUAUGCACUGCAUAGUAAUUACUUUGUAUGUAAAUGUGAAAGAAAAGUAAUAUUGCAGCCAGUGUGUAUUGAUGUCAAAGACAGAUGCUAGUUUUAUAUUUUGUGCAUAAUAUUGAUAAUAUAUGACCACUGAGAUGAGUCUGUCUUUUGUGUUUAUGUAGAGUGAUAUAAUAGUAUAUUGGUGUGAUGAGGGAGUUGUUGCAUGGACGACUUUCUGGUGAACUGUAAUGAUUCAUAUUUGAUCUGUGGAAUAAAUCAACUCGCUGACUCAA